AUGGCUGAGCAGACUUUCAUUGCCAUCAAGCCCGAUGGCGUCCAGCGUGGACUUGUUGGCCCCAUCAUCAGCAGAUUUGAGAGCCGAGGAUACAAACUCGUUGCCAUCAAGCUUGUCACUCCUUCUCAGGAGCACUUGGAGAAGCAUUAUGCCGAUCUCUCCUCGAAGCCGUUCUUCAAAGGCCUUGUUACCUACAUGUUGAGCGGCCCUAUCUGCGCUAUGGUCUGGGAAGGCCGUGACGCUGUGAAGACUGGCCGAACCAUCCUCGGUGCUACCAACCCCCUUCAGUCCGCCCCAGGCACCAUCCGCGGAGAUUAUGCCAUUGAUGUCGGCCGUAAUGUCUGCCAUGGAUCUGAUAGUGUCGAGAAUGCCAAGAAGGAGAUCGCCCUUUGGUUCAGCGAAGGCGAGCUUGUCCAGUACAAGCAAAGCCAGCAUGACUGGAUCUAUGAGGCAUAG